CUACACGGAGGCACGGAUGCUACCUGCUGCUUCCGCAAAGGCGCAAACGAAUGCCUGUCAAUCCUCCCCCAAAGCUUUCCAUGCCCCGACCGCCAUGGCUUCUCAACUUUUAGAACAGGAGGAGAAGCUCCGGCAACUCGUCGACGAAUGGCGGUUCCGAAGCCACGAACUCCUCUCCAACCUCCGUGGCGAUCCCUUCGCAUGCCCUUCCCCCGCCGCCCCUCCACCCAGCUCCUCGAGCUCCGAUCCGGUCCGCCUCCACGUCGAGCCCCUCGAGCACUCCGAUCUCUCCGCCCUCCUCGAGUCCGACAACGUCGCCAUCUCCAAGCUCAUCAUGGUCCUCUCUUAUGACUGCAUCGAGAUCUCCCGACUCCACCGAUCGGCAUCAAAAAAGUUGUAUAGGCAGUUGCUCUUGUUCGGCCAUCGAUCGAGCCCACAGGAAGUGCUUGUUGAAGGCGAGCCACAGAAGGCAUUUGGUGAAUCGCUUUCUUUGUUCAUGGAAUUGUAUGAGACUACAAGUCGAAUGACUGCUGUCUUGGGGAAUUUGGUCAAGCAGCUCAAUUCCAUUUACUCCCUUCAUGAUAAGAACAUCCUUCGGCCGCUAAAUUCUGUCAAGAAUUUUACGCUCAGAACUGCCUUUGAAGCUCUAGGCGAUGGGCUGGCCAUGUUUAUUGUCUUAGAUGAAAUCAUAAAGCAGAAUAGCCACAUAAAAACUCAUCUAUCUCUCUUUGCAAGGAUGUUAAAUAAGGUAAAACUGGAAGUUGAUAUCUUUGGUAUAACAGCAGAGGAUUUGGAUUUCCUUGAUCAAGUGGUAAGCCAACUUCAGAAGUUUCUGGUGGUUGGCUUGUUCCAGAGACUGUUGCAGUCGGAAUCACCUCUGCAUGCCACAUUGGAGCAGGUCCGGUGCAAUAAGAAAUUCAUCGAUAUCUGUAGUUCCUGCAUCCAUGAUGCUCUGUCAGAAAUCCUUCCACGACUUGAUACUUGGAAGGAAUUUCCUCUUGAUCGAAGGAAGAUACUACAGUAUGUGGCUCUGUUUAUAUUUUUCACAUAUGCCUCUGCUGAAGUUCCUGAAAAGAAAAUAGUGAAGUUGCUUUUGGAGAUGCUUAAGUUGGUCCCUCUAACUUACAUUGAGGGAGGAAGAAGAAUUAUACUAUUGGAUGUACUGAAAAGUCAAUGCCCUCCAUCAUUUUUGUCGUGCCCUUCAAUCAGAGAGGCAUAUAAGGAUUCUGAUGUCAUGAAGAGCAAUUACCUUACACAAUUAAGUGAAAAACAUUCAAGGGAUUGGCAUGCAAUCAAAGAUGCACUAUCUUGUUGGAUAACAUCUUUUCAGUCAACUGUGUAUCCUUCGUCAGAGAUGUUGAGCGAAGCAUGGAUCCGGUUUCAUAUCAAGCAGAUCAUGCAGGGAAUACUCUUGGCAAAUAGACUGCACAUGCUUGUUAUCUCAAUGCUCGACUUGCAUGAGUUGCUUGAGGUUCCUAUCAGGAGGGAAAAACUGAAGUCACUUUGUCAUAUGAUCAUUUCAUUAAAGGUCUUGGAGAACACAUUCCGAAUAAAAGGGCCUGAAAUAGCUCGAAGCCUUCCACAUAUUAUUAAUAUAAUUCAAGCGGAUAUUGAAAAACUUAUACUACCUGCAAAGUCUAAGCUACAAUUGGAAGCAGUUAAAGUGAGUCAAACGAGCAAGCUGGGAUUUUUGAGUUCAUUGACACGUGGUAGUAAAGAGGCAGACACAAGGCUUACUGAUUCUCUUUCACUGGUUCUGAUAUUCUUGCAGUUGCUUCAAGGAGGUGGUAGUCAUAAGAGGCAACUCAUUUUUUCUAUCACUUUGGAUGUUCUUCAAAGCAUAGGCUAUUUGGAUAUUGACCUUUUGAGGAUUAGAAAGUUUAUAAGAAAGCUAGGUACUGUCACAGAUUUUCAGAACAUAGUAGAGGAAGUUACAAAUUGUAGCUUCUUGUACUGGAGAAAAGAGAUGAUGGGAAAUUGGUUGUCAAUUGCUUAUAUGGAUGUGAGCAGAUUCUUGUGGCUACAGUACAUUCUUGAUGCAUUUUCUGAUGGAUUAUGGCUUCUCAAGCUAGGUCAUGUGGGGAAAGCUACACUUCGGUCAUAUGAGAAAGAAAUUGAGGAUGCUCUGAAAAAUGAAAUUGUUGCUCCUCUUUGUAGAGAUAUUGAAACUGAUCUCCGCCUUCAUGUUCAUUCCACUCAUUUAAAAGGAUCUGUGCUUGUGAACCCAACAAAGACUGGUGUGCGCAACCUUUCUUGGUACUUACAAAUGAAACCUUUGCAACUUCCUUUCAAAUUUAUCGAUAUAAGACUGCUCAUAGAGAACUAUCUGAAUUCUGCUUUUUAUGAUCAUUCAGCUAUGUCCAUUUAUGACUGGAAGAUAUACUCAGAGAUGCGACUGCUGGCAGAGCUGAAGUAUGGGCUAGCUUUAGAUGAUAUUCAUCUUGCUGAAAAUUCUAUGGAUCAAGAUUUUGACAUAAAUGAAAUUGUCCAGAACCUGCAUUCAUUUACUGAGAAUUAUUCAUAUAACAUAAUUAAGCAGAUUUUCAUUGAGAAGGUUCCUAAUGGUCAACAUAGGAAGAGCUUAAGAGUGAUCAGUGUGGAUCAUGUUGCAUCUUCAAUUGCUUUACAUGGUUUAAGGCCAAUAUCUACAGCAUCAAUUUCUGUUUUGAAGUUUCUAACUGAGAUGUUUGCAACUUUAUCCAAGUUGCUUGAAGAUAAACUUGUGCAAUCGGAUUUAUUGAAAGAAUCUAACUUCUGGAAGAGUGACAAGGGAGCAGCAACACACUCUUCUCUACAACAAGGGGAGCUCAGAUUUUUUCUGGGAAAACUUGCAUUUGGAGAUCGUGGACAGAGUUUCCUUGAACAGCUACAAUCUGUCAUCAGUAAAGUGGGUAAUGCUUUAGGACUGAUGAGGAUUCUUAUAGCUGGCAGUUGCCGUUAUUCUUGUAAUAAUUCACGGUUUAUGGGUAGAGCUAGAUGUGAUAUGAGAUUUGCAGAGAGUUGCAAGAAUCUUGGCUUUGUUGAUGAAAGUGUUGUUGCAGGAAAAAUUAUGGACACAGCAAUCGAGAAGUACCAAUCCAAUGUUAAAAUCGAGUCUUUUUCUAUCCUUAUAAACAUGUUUUUAAAGGAACUUCAAUGCAGCAGAUAUCACCAUCUAAAAGAUUUUUUCGCUGUAGUUCCAUCCUUUAUAGCGAACAUGAUAGAUUCUAAAGUUCAUUACAAGGAUAAGCUAUUAAGAAGGGACCAUGAUUCAGGAGAUAUUUUUUGUUUAUAUGGUAGUUGUGUCAUGGGUGUUGCUUUUAUUCUCAAGGUUCUGGGGCAGGAGAAGUCAUUUGAUGAAUUGAAUUGGUUUGCUUCUGCAAAGAAGAACCUUGGGGAGGGAGAAUCAACUUCAGAAGACCGUAGCAGUAGUUCGGAACAAAGGAAGGGGAGUAGUCUUGUUGCAUGGAUGCUCUGGAGCCAGGCUCCAUCUGCAUCAACUGAAGUCCAGAAGCAGGCUGUUGAUAAGCGUAGGAGAUGCAGAAACGAACUGGAGCUCAUAGAAUGCGGUCUCAAAGUUGCCAGAACAAUCAUGUCAUAAUAUUGGCAUUUAGGGAUAUGGCCCCUUCUUUCUUUUUUUGUCUGGGCCACCAGAGUAGCUUUGAAAGACCAAGUUGACCUAUAAAUGCUAUGUAAUUUACGCGUAGAGAGA